AGGUACUAAGCAUGAAUUCCAAAGUAUGUGGCGUCCUGAUUUCAUUUUGGUUACGUUUAAUUUUUUUUUGGACGGUUGGUGCUACGGAAGGAAGAAUCCCCGUAUCUAAAGGGUUCUUGGCUUAUAGAACUGUUCAGACGUUUCAGACAUAUUGUACCUGUAAUACAUCUUAUUCUUGCUCCUGCUGUCAAAGUGUUUUUAUUUUAUACACCAAAGCUGAAAAAAAGCUUUGCGUUAAUCUUACUUAUCAAAGAAAUGGGCUAAAUAUUGAUGUGGCGUUGAACUCCGAUACAUUAAGAAGUAGAACAAUCACAAACUAUAAGCCAUUAAAGUUCUGCACUAAUAUACCAGGAUGUUACUUUUCAUCUGCAUGUGUAAAUAUAUUGGAACUCAAUAAAUUUCCCAGAUCAAUCACUGCUUGCCUUCGACUGGAUAUCUUCUCUAAGAAACGACUAUGGCAAUUAAAUUACGACUGCGUUAGCAUAUCGAUGGAGUUGCCUACAAUACCAGGUAACGGAACGACGUCGACGACAAUGAACGCAGGAAUGACAUCGGCAAUGAGCACUCAAACGACGACGAUGAGAGCGGUGGAAACUGAAGAAACUACAUCAACGGAUGUAGAAAUAAUAACAGUACCAGGAAGUAGACCAACAACAGUCGUAGAUAUUGAUUAACUAAAUAUUAUAAGAAAUAUGACAAU